AUGGAAUCGAACUGUGUUGAUUGGGACCGCAAACCGCCUAAAUAUCUUUGCGAAGUGCCAAACAAAGCAGCCAAGGCUGACUUGUAUUGCGUCUUAUCUGUGCAGCAACCCCAACAUCAUGAAGAGAAUAUUCUUGAUACCACACAUCAUGGCAACAAGGUCACAGAAAGUGAAGCCAGUCUUGAGGGACAGAUCCAGGACCGCGGGAGAGACGCAUCUGAGGAGGUCUUUGAUGAAAUCAUUGAUCCAACCUUCUACACUGAAUGCCCGAAUUUCACAUUUGAAGAUCACGCUUUCGUGGGGAGUAUUUUGGAAGGAAAGGAUAAUUUCGCCCCUUUCUUCAGAAAUGCUCAAUACUCGCCGUGGGCAGGCGUAUCAUCUAGCGAAUCCAAACAUACCGGAAUAGAGACGCCACACCAGUCCCCGGAGAACAUACCUGGUGACAGUUCAGCGGAGCCACAUACAUUUGAGAUCCUUGGACCCCAAACUCUUACUAUGGAUAGUUACGACGAGUAUGCGUUCAAAUCAUAUGAGAGCGACGGAUCCUCCUACGGAUUCGCUAUUAGCAGUGGCUGGUCAAGCACAUUUUUUCCUUGCGGAAUUGAAGAGGAGCCCCGAGACCGAUGA